CUGAAGCUGAAGCUGAGGCUUUCCGGCGGCAAAAGUGAGAUUGAGGCUCGAAGAGGUGCCACAAUUAAAGGGUGACGCGCGAUCCCCAAGUUCAAGUUGUGCAUUUAGCAUUUAUCUCGCUAAGGUACUUGUGUUCGGGAAAUUAAUGCGUGGCUGCCUGAAAAUUCGCCAGUGAUUUCGCGUCAAGUCAACCUCUCCAGCCUGCAGCGCUUCCCUACUCUGGCGGUGCCACUGCGAGUGCGAACGCAACUAAAAGUCAACGGUGACAAAAAGUGAAAGCGGAAACGGAAACAGAGACGGCAGAGCGCCACAGGAACCGAGAAACAGGCAGCGGCAGUGACAACUGUGAAAUGUGCGGCUGCAUUGUCGUUUUGUUACCACUUUGACCCAAAUCGCAUUGCAUCCGAGUUGCGUCGGUGUGUCAGCGUUGCGGACGUAUGUCUGACGGUGACUCCAGUGCGAACAGUGCAUGACCGAUAAGCCCGGGUUUAGUCACCGCCAAGUGAAAGUCGCGAGUGCCGGCAGCUAGUUAAUACAUAAAAUUCAUAGUACUGCCAUCGAUAUCCGGAAUCAGGAAUCCGCUCCAGCAUCCAUUCCGGGCUCAGCCACACUUGGAAAGCCAUCCACAGUUGGCCGUUUCUCGCCUCUCACAUCGCCGGAAGCAGGAAGAAGGGACCCUCCGAGGACAUUACUUUGAAAACGAUUCAUCAUCGGCACCUCGCUUCUGACAUUGUUCUUCGCAGAGGACGGCGCGGAGCAGAACAGCCACUACAGCAAAUUGAAUGUAAUUUCAUAAAAAGGCGAGUGUUAAUUUUUUGCCAGCCACACAAUACAAGAUAGAUACAGUCAGUGCUACACGAACCCCGACGUGGCUUAAUGUGCUAACAUGCAGUGACAUGAAAAAUGAUGAAGAGCAUGCAACUUUUUCCCGCACCCAGGCGCUAGAGAAGAAAAAGUGAAAGAAACAAGCGCGCGACGAGCUGAAAAUUUGUGACGCGCGCGAGGAGCAGGGAGGAGCAUUGUGGCUCGCAGGACAACGACGCAUUGACAGGCGGAGAAAAACAGGCAAAAAGGCAGAGCUGCACAUCGGACCACCAUCAUUUAUCAGCGCCGCAUCGCAUCGCACUUACACAGCAAUAGCAGCAGCAGCAGCAACACCAAACAGACGAGGCAUAUGUGCGCCGGAGAUGCUGGCAUUGUGUGGUUGCCGCAGCUGAAAGGAUUCUGCGCGUUCAUUCAAAAACCCAUUAACCCUAAUAAGCAGCCACAAAAGCCAGCCAGACAAUACGCCACGCCCGCCCAUCGAUGAGGCAGUCCCCCCGGCGGCCCAGGACAUAGGCUGUGGACAGUAGGCCCUAGCCGCAGGAGAGGCUGCAAGAGGAAAGUAACGGGCCCGGCGAAGCGAGAAAGAAUGCCAAUGGUCCUUCCACGGCUGCUGCUGCGUCUGCGGCGGCCCUUGCACCUGAUGGAAGUCCGCAUCCUCCUACUCUGCCUGCCGACGCUGCUCCUGGCCACGACGCUCGAGCCAGAUCAAAAGUCAAUACUCACAGAUAACGACUGGAAGAAGCUAUGGAUGCGCGGCGGUAUAAAUGCCGAUUCAAAAUUGGAUAAUAGUCUUGACUCGAGCGACAGUCCAAUGUUCGAGGACAGUGAGCUGAUGGCGCACAACACAACCGUCCAGCUGGGUGGCACCGCCUUUCUGGUCUGCAAGGUCUCCGGCGUGGACAGAGUGGGUGUAAAUUGGAAUCAAAUUUCUUGGAUCCGCCGCCGGGACUGGCACAUCCUGUCGUCGGGCGCCCAGCUCUACACGAACGACGAGCGCUUCGCGAUACUGCACACGCCCGGAUCCAACAUGUGGACGCUGCAGAUAAAGUUUGUGCAGCGCCGGGAUCACGGCAUGUACGAGUGCCAGGUCUCGACGCCGACUGGCAUCAUUUCCCACUUUGUGAAUCUUCAAGUGGUCGUGCCGGAGGCAUUCAUACUGGGCUCCGGCGAGCUGCAUGUCGACAUGGGCUCAACAAUCAAUUUGGUUUGCAUUAUUGAAAAGAGUCCGACACCACCGCAGUACGUGUACUGGCAAAAGAAUGAUCGUCUGAUCAACUACGUCGACUCCCGGCGGGACAUAACCAUUGAGACGACCCCGGGACCCCGCACGCAGAGCCGCCUGAUUAUUAGGGAGCCGCAGAUCACCGACUCUGGCAACUACACCUGCUCGGCCAGCAACACGGAGCCGGCGAGCAUCUACGUCUUUGUCUCGAAAGGCGACAAUAUGGCGGCAAUCUCUCGUCGCAAGACCUCCUCGGCCGAUCGCCUGACGCACAUAUUUAGGUCGAUGCUGGCGCCCUGUCUCCUGCUGAACACGGUUGUUGUAAGACUCAUCUUCCUGACCUAAGCGGACAACUUGGCCAGCUGUGGCGAGUGGAAAAACGACGACAAAGAAAUCCUAUUUAAGCUAUUUCCGUGUUAGAGCAAGCCGAAACAGAGUUAAUAACUGAAAAACCCAAAGUCUAGGAUAAUUGUUAAGCUAAGCUCAGUGAAAGCGGCGCACUCAAGUGUAAAAAUCAAGUUAAACCAAUCGCAGCUGCUGUGCAUACACGAAUGUGUGUACUUGUACGUAUGCCAGGCAUUUACCCGUACAUCCAGUCAAGUCUUGAUAAGUAAUAGUUUAGUUUGUAACUCACUUCCCAUACAUUGUGUACAGUAUGCUGAAUGAUUUCAAAAUAUUUGAGUUUCGUUUAUUAAUAUGGCUCUGUUAACUUUCCACAAAAUCCUCUGUUGCCGUCAACAAAGUUAUGUAUAUGUGUAGUGCUUAUUUAAAAUGCCUUUGUUCGACCAAUGCUUUGCGACCCGAAAAAUUCUUCAAUAUGAGCGGAAUUUGCAUAAGUAGCCAAUUUGAGUCCAUUAAAUGAAGUAUAUAUAUGAACAAAAACACGCAUUAAAACGCUAUUAUAACUGUUACUAAUUGCUAAUUGAAAACUAAAAACAUAAAAAGAGCAGAGGGCAUGUCCAGCCCAAAAGGCAGGAAUAACAACCAGGACGAAAUUAACGUUAACGAGAAUAAGAACAAGAACGUCAACCCAUAUUAAUUAAUUAUGUUAUUAAGUUUGUAAAUAAAUUUUAAACCAAACGGCAUAGCACGCACACACAAGGACACACACUACAUGCAGAAAAAAGAAUUUAAAUUGUGUAAAUAAAAAGGAAAUCAUGUAGCUCUAACAGCAUCAACCACAAGGCACAGCUGACUGAAAAUGUGCAAUAUAUUGGCGGGGGCAGAAUGAAAAUGAGAACGGAGAAGAGGUACGAGUACGAGUAUGUAGAUGCUUUAUGGGCUUUCAAACUGUCAGAAUCAAGCUGUAAUUAAUUGCAAAAGCACACAAGAGAGAAAGGAACGGGUCGAGGCCGAAACCUAGCUGUAGGGUCAAACAUAGGAUAAUGUAAAUUCAUCAAUCUGCCAAAUCAGAAAUUGAAAAAUAAUUACUUUAAAGGCAGAAAUCUAGAAUGGAAACACAAUUUAAAUCUCCAAACCUACGCGCAUCUUGUUCUCCAAAAACUCCCAUUUCUGACCUGGCUUCGGCAGGGAAUAGUUUUCGAAAAUGUUAAUUGAUGUUCUCGUAUUUGUUUCCUGCCUGUGCGAACGAGCUGAAACACCUCAAUCAUGAAACAAACAUCUACGUAACGAAUCAUGUACAACUUCUCGACUGUUUGUUAAUCUUAGGCUAGCUCCACAAAUGGCUGCCGGCUGCACUUACGAUAGAAUACGAUAUAGGGGAUCCGCUCCAAUUCGAAUUGAUGUGCCGUCAGACUUAAGCCAGCAAUACCUACCAUUCGUUCAUUGUCGGUACGUAAUUUACAAAAAACUGUUAUAAGAUACCGUUUAAAGUUCGAAUAGAUUCAUUAAAGAGAACUCACAGCAAAACCCAAAACCUAGCUUAAUCAUGAAUACUAAAAAAAUAAAAAUACUGAAAAAUUAUGCAAUAAAUACAAAAACGAUUCCACACCCUCCUUGAUGUGUAUGCGUAUGCCCAAAGGCCGUUAGACAGUUUAAAGGUUAUUUGAUUCGAUUGAAAUAAAAAUAAUAAAGAAAAAUUUAGUUGGUUUUCACUGUUAAGCAUUUCCACUGUAAAUAUUUUGUACUAACAUACGUAUAUCGAAUGGCUGAUAAAUGCCCUUCGUUAAUUAAUAAAAAUCACAUAUGAAAACAAAGAAACAUUAUAAUAGGUUAUUAUAUUACUCUUGGUGUGGAAACAGAGCAAAAAUAAACGAACAACCAACAUAGAAUGAUUCAAAUGUUUUCAAUGUAAGUGCUCGAGCAAAUAACUGUAAAAUUUUCACUUGCAACCAUUUGACGAAUAUGAAUUUAAUAAUAGUACACAUAUUAAUAAAUCCAAACCAGAACUACAUUGUGCUUGCACGCACAAAUACAGAGAAUUGGGACAAGAGAAAAUACCAAAGCAGCAGUGCAUGGCUAACAAUACGAAAGCAUUCAAAUAAAUCAAGUGAUUAUCAUGGAAAAUAAAUGUAAUUUAAAUAAUAA